CAGCAGUUUCUCUCAUUCAGAUUUCAGAUUUGAUGUGGAUGUCUUGUGUGGCAGACGUCAUCUGAUUUUGGGUCAAGCAGUAGUCGUGCUUUUAGUGGAAUGGACUUUAGUUAUUUACUAGAUCUUGCAAAACAAAAUGAAGAACAAGCAAAGGAAGCGGUUCAAGUCAAAAGAUACAGUACUCAAGUAUCGGCCUCGAAAAAAAUUCCUCGCUCGGGGGUUCAAUCUGAUGGCAUUCGUGCUUUCUUAGCUCGAAAAGAUCAUGAAGAGAAACAAAAAAGGAUGGAAGAAAAGAAAAAGAAAGAGGUAUUGCUGUCGUUGCGUGCCCAGGAUCGGAAGUCCAAUGCUAGAGUCCAAGCUAUGUUGAAAAGAACGAAAAGUGGUAACAAGGCAGUAUUGGAUGAAGCUAAGAAUUCAUUAAAUACAGCUGUUACAGCUGCUGGACUUGAUGUUCAACCAGAUGAAGAUGAUUACGGCUAUGUUUCCCACGAAGCAUCUGCAGCAUAUAAAAAACUUAUUGACAAGUAUAGUAGCACAGAUACUUCAAAUGGUAACACACAAAGAGGGAGAACUCAUAAAGAAUUGAGAAAUGCCAAGGAUAGGGUGAAAAAUGCUCUUGACAAAAUUGAAGAGGCAGAAGGUACACCCCAUCGAAAAAAACGCAUCAACAAGCCUAUAAUGUCGAAAGAAAAAGUUGAUGAGUUAUUGAAAGUUGAUAAUAAGUCACGUAAUAACGAUAGAGAUGUCUCCAAAAAGGUUCGACCCAAGGGUCUUCCACCAGAGGCCUCCCUUAGUUUUGAUCAGAUCUUGAAAUUAGCUGCCGCAAAGCAGCACGAACCAUUAAAGCUUGAAAAGAAAUUGGAUAUUCCUGAAAAAAAAGAACCAGAAUCCAAUAGACUAAUGACCAAGAAAGAAAAAGAAGAUCUCAUGAGGAGGAAAGAGGAGGAACGAGACCGUCAACUACGCAAAGAAGGAAAAUUACCCCCUAUUAGGCCUACUCCUGACAAUUCUGCUGUACCUGCUGUACCUGCGAAAAGUAAAGAAAAACCACCAACUAAAGUGAUUCCUUCCAAAGAGCCAGUGAAAAUGCCAUCCUUCAUGAAUGGAAAAACUCUUAACCCGACUCCUAAUACGAGUUCGAUCAAUAAACCGAUUAUGCGAGCUGAUGACCAAAAAAGCACUGUUGCGAAACCAAUUAUUGGACAGCGCCCAGGAGUCUCAAAAGUGAUUCAAAAUAAACCAGGGCCUCCCCAAAUGAAAGGCCCACCGCCCAAGGCUCUACCACCACCUCAGUUGUCAAGAGUUCCACAAGGAAAAGGGAAAACACUCGCCAAACCUCCAGCUGGACCAAGUCGACCUUUCCCACCUUACAGAGAUAUUCGCCCUGUUGAUCGGGGCUACAAAAGGUCUAUGGAAAGUGACGAAGAAGAAGAUUCCGAACUGGAUGACUUCAUCGACGACGGUCCUGAUGAAGCGGAAGAUUAUUCCAAGCACAUUCAGGACAUUUUUGGUUAUAACAGGAACAGAUACCGUAUCGAGAGUGACGACGAAGAUGAAUGCAUGGAAUCAAGCUUUGCUCAGCAGAUGAAAGAAGAGUGUAUCAGUACCAAAAUUGGUAUUUUGGAAGAUCUGGAACAGGAGCGUCUAUUGCGCGAAGAGGAAGAAGAAGAAAGAAAGAGAAAGGUGGCUUCUGCCAAAAGGGCCAAAUCUCGCAAGUGAUGACAAAUCGUCAACGACAGCAUUAGUGCACUUCUACAUCUAUUAAAUCUUAAACAAAAAAAAAAUGCUUCCGUUUUAUCAGGGAACAUUUCUAUCUUCUGUGGUACUGUACAUGGUUUAGCGAUCUAUUUUCUAUUCCACGUCAGUCACAGAAUUAAAUCGUGUUUCUUUUUUCUAAAGGCGUUUUUGUUUGCUUCGCCAAAAUUGUUGCUAUUUUGGGAUGUGAGUGGUGGAAUGAUUCAUUAUGUCACAUCGAAGUUGACCGUUUUCAUUCUGGGAAUGACUUUUUGGUAUAAUUAUUGUGGGCACAAUGCAAUUCCUGCGGAGCAAAAUCUCGGAUGCGGUGUUUGUAGCCGGGAAGGCUAUAUAGGCCUUUGCAUUUUCAUAAUGAUGAUUCCAAUCACUUGUGUAAUAAAAUUGGUCAUGAAUUAAAAGUUGAUUUUUUGCUUUAA